UCCCCGUAGCCCCAGCGAGACCCAAAACUAGGCUGGACCCACGGGGCUUUUGCCAAGGCGCAGCCGUUUAGAGGGAUGUCGCUUCCAUGUCCGGAGUUCAGUUUGAACUUCUUUGACUUCUCCGCCGUGCCCCUAGUAAAUUCCUCGUUGAGAAAUCUUAUUUAUGUUGCAAGAUCCAAUCGGCCUCGUUACUCACUCCCCUCCUCAGUGCCCCCUGCCCCACUGAUUGGAGAAGGGAUGGGACAGACAUCCCGUUAGACGACUCUUCAUUUCCCACCCGCCUGCACUCGUUUGGGGCUUCAAAAUUCAUACCCCUUCCCCUACUUUUCAGCUUUUUUCUGUGUGUUGUCUACCCUCAUGAUUAGAUUGUAAGCUUCUUGAGGGCAUGCACUGGCUUUUUCAUAUUUGUGUCCCCAGCCCUUAAUAUAUGUAUAUUGACUAUUGAUUGACAUUUGGGAGUGAGUCACAGACAACCUACUAGAGUCAAAAGUAAAAACAGCCAGGCCACUUUUGCCCUACCCCUGUAACCCUGCAUCCCAGGUUUGAGGUAGAACGCUUCCUCUCCCUCUUCUACUACCCUUGGCCUCCUAUUGAAGCGAAGAGUUGGGGACUUGCUGGCCAGUUAUAUCCCAGAAGAUGAGGCAUUGAUGCUUCGAGAUGGACGAUUUGCCUGUGCUGUCUGUCCCCACCGCCCUGUAUUGGACACACUGACCAUGUUGACUGCUCACCGUUCAGGGAAGAGACACUUGGCCAGCCUGCAAGAUUUCUAUGGCAAGAAGCACCAGUGGAAAGGAGAAGAACAGAAUCCAAAACAGCAGGUAGAAUGGAGAACUGAGAAGACUGGGGACCAGGCUCCUCUGCUGACCCAGACCCGUUUAAUUACCCAAAGUGCCCUACGCAGAGCCCCGAAUUACAACAGUUGCUGUCGACGGCAGAGGAACAGACCAGAAGCUCCUUUGCCUUCAGUUCCCCACCUCCCAUCUAGGCCCCCCCAGUCUGAGGAACCUUCAGACAAGAAGGCUGGCAGAGCAUCUAAGUCUGAGGGUGAUAUACAGGCCAAAAGAGAUUCAGCAGCAGCCCCAACCCCUGUGCCCUUGAGUCCUGCCAGACGAAGAGCAUUGGACCAUUAUCUGACCCUGCGCAGCUCUGGUUGGAUCCAGGAUGGAAGAGGUCAGUGGGUAAAGGAUAAGAAUGUGGAGUUUGAUUCUGACGAAGAGGAACCCCCAGAUCUCCCCUUGGAUUGAUACUGACCUCCCCACCUAUUUUGUUUAAAUAAAUCAGGGAAGAUGCUAGGAACCUAAGUUCUUUCUUCCUCUAAGGUCUGGCUCUGUGUGCCAUACAACUAUCUCAGGUCCUUUUAACCCUGCAGGCUGCACAACUCCCUAUACCACACCCGCCCCUUCCAGAGCCAUGCCAAGCGUCAGCUGCACCCAGCCUUCUGCCCUAUUAAUAAAGUAUACGGGGCAGGACUCUGCCCUUUGAGUUGUCAGAUGCCUUCCCUACCUCAACUCCCCCUGUUUUCCCCUCCCAUUUCCACAGAGGCUUUUCCUGCUUUCCAGCAGGGCUUAGCCAAAUUCAGGAAAUACUGGAGGAGCCAACGCUGAGUGGAAAUAAAGAGGAUGUGUGUGUUGGGGCGGCUCAGAGGCGUAAGGGGGCUGGUAAAGGGAGGGAUUUCUCCCUCCCCUUCGAGGUAACCUGAGCCUAGAACCUCCUGAUCUCCGGGGUAUAAAUAAUCCUCUAGUGAACUGGCAGACACCCUGGGAAGGGGGGGGUUGGUGUUUAAUGCCAAGAUCACCUCCCCAUUUGCCCAGUCUCAGGCCAAAGAAAGCGGCAGGUGAAGUGGGCAAAAAGACUUUUAUUUACAGGAAGGGGAGAUGGGAAUUCUAGCAUCCAGGGGUCCCAACUUCAAACAAUGGGGAAGGACAGCAUUAUGUCUUCUUCUGCUGCCGACCUGUGGAAGUAGGAGGAGUCAGGAAAUGGGUCUAUACUCAAAGCUCUUGGCUUUGAGCCUAUUCAGGAGAAUAAUGUUCAUUUAUUAUUUCCUCCCCAGGAACCCCAUGGAAGGUAAUGUCUUAGGACAUCUAACUUCUGUGCUUCUCUAUCCCCUUAAUAAAACUGUCUUCAGCUUCCACAA